AUGGAGGCGCCGACGACGAGCCGUGCCGCCGACAGGAAGAAGAGGUCGAGGUCGGCCUUCAAAGACGACGAAGGCGGGGAGGCAGAGCAGCAGCACCAGGAGAGUCUCGCAGCGGAUUCGGGGUCCGCCGCUGCCAAGUCCGCGGCUCGCGACGACGAUGGCCUGCCAGCAGUCACUCGUCAACGUUCGGCCUCUUCAGACAGGCCUGCGAGGAAGAACAAGAAGAGGAAGGCGAAUGUCGGAGCAGAGGUGAUCGACGUCAGUCCAGAAGCGACACCGAUGGCCGAUGGCGCUGCUGAAGCAGAGGUUGAGCAGACCGCAGAAGCUGGCCCGUCCUCCUCAUCACAAACCGCCAGCGACGCCAGAGACGACGGACUCGCUGGCGACAAGGGAAAGACAAAGGCGCCGGGCGCCGUGGCAGAGGAGGGUCCGGAUACCGAGCAAGCAUCGACGCAACCUGCGGCAGCAUCGCCCUCUGCAGCGGCAGCAGCAGUGACCGCUUCGAUCUCGACGGGCGAUCCCCAGGAGCUGCAGCACGAGGUUGAGCGACUGCGAAAGGAGCUCUCGACCAAGAACGAGCUCAUCGAGACGCAGCGCUCGACCAUCAAACACAUCUAUCACCAGUGCACCUGCACCAUUUGCCUCGAGCUCGUGUGGAGACCCUUCAUACUGGCGCCGUGCGGCCACACCUUCUGCGUCGUCUGCCUGAUGUCGUGGUUCACCAAGCCGCUCGACAAGGAAGGCGACCUGCCGCCGGGCCUCAAUGCCGAGGAGCGAGCAAGAGAGGAGCAGCGACGGACGCAGAGGCGCAAAAAGACCUGCCCGGCGUGCAGGACGGAGCUGGCGUGCCCGCCGGUCGAGAUCUGGCUGGUCAAGGGCAUGCUGGAGAAGCUCGACUCGGCAGCCAGGACCGUCGGCACCUCGGACUGCGGCCUGCCGGACGACACGCUGAGCUCGCUCGAGAUCGCAAAGGCGAGGGGCGAGGAUCUGCCCGCCGGGCCCAAGCUGUGGGAGGACAUCUUCGACGGGCGUGGACCGAGAAGGAUCCUCUACGACGAGGGCGAUGGCGUCAGGCGGUGCGGAGAGUGCGCCAGUGAGAUCUGGGAGGGUGUGUGCUCCAACCCGGACUGCGGCAUCGAGUACUCGGACAUGUCCGACGACGAGUACGGCUCAGACCUCUUGCUGCCCUCGGACGACAUCCACGGCCACUUUGGCGGCUACUACGGCGGCGAAGCCAACGGCCGCCGCCACCGCUCGCCGGGGUCCGACGGCUCGCGGUCCCGGGACAGCCAGUUCAGCGACAGCGAGGAUGACAUGCGCUCCUUUAUCGAGGACGACCUCGACGAGGACGGCAGGAGGCACGCCGACGACGGCGAUGACGACGACGAGGAAGAUGAUGGGUUCAUCGACGGUCCCAGGCGGAUCUACAGGCAGGCCGAGGCGAUCGAGAUCUCGGACGACGAGGACGAGGACGACGCCAGCACGGAUACGGACGACGACGGGGCCGGCAGAAGACGGCGGCGACGACGAUUCCGGAGCGAGAGCACGAUGACGGGCUCAUCGCGUGGCAGUGGACGCGAGGACGCUGCCGAUGAUGCCAUCGAAGUGAGCUCGAACAGCGACGUCAGUCACGGAUACGACGACGACGAAGACGGGGCGCACGACCACCUGAGGGGACGUAGGGGGCGCGGUGCCGCCGGCGGGAGGCUCAUGGACAGUGACGAGGAGUCGAGUGGGGGCGAAAGCCGCCGCAGCGACCACGAUCGCGCGGAGAACGACGAUGAUGGCGACGAAGACAUGUCGUCGAUCCAGGGCGGCAGCUUUGCCGGCUCCGAUCGAGGCGAAGGAAGCUUCGAGACCGCCGACGGUUCUCACAGCAGCGGCAGCGGCGGCAGCAGCGAUGGCGACAGCGACGGCGACGGCGAGAGACGCUCCGCCAGGACGGGCGGGAGCCGUCGCAUCAUCGACAGCGACGACGACGACUACUAG